GCGAAGUGGCGGUAACGUAGCCCCGGCAAAAUGUGGCGCCGAGAACCGGUCCACUGCUUCUGCGCUGGCAGUUCAGCACGUUCAGCACGUUCUUCAGCACCCCAGGCACUGCGAUCCAGCUAACUCUGCGGAUCCGUAAGCUGGCUCUGAGCUUUUGACAGCGGGACAAGCCCCAAUCCUAAACAGGCAGUGAGUAAAUAGCAACUCGCGCUUCGUUCCACAUCGCAUGCAUCGCCGGCCGCCAUUGGUAGUUCGCAUGUUUUGAUAAUACAUCGCAACCACACGCUGUGCUAUGCUUUGAAGAACACCACCCUGAGCUUCGGUUUUUGAAUUUUGGCCAGCAUGUUGGGCUGGGCUCUGAAGAAAGGCAUUCAAGGUGCCACCGGCGCAAGAGACGCGCCGCCGGAGGAUGGCGAUACUACCCAGAUUGAGGCUCCUGACACCCCGGCGCCCGUCUUUGCUGCUCGCGCCAUCCAACGUGCCAUCUUCGGCACGCCUGCACCCCGAAAAGAAACAAAUGCGCCUGCGCAGCGCGAUCUGGUAAACAGCAGGGACGAUGACGCCUUGUUGAGGGAUACGAGAUCGCCCGCAAAACCUACUGGCAUUCUCCUCACGCCGGGCACGGCAACAGCUCGCCGAAAGCGCGUUUCAUUCGACCACGAUACGAAAGCUGGCACUAAUGGUGACCCGAACUCAUUGGCCGCGAAAUCCACCAGCGCAAGCGCACGAAAGAAGACUCUCCAGCAGAGACUUGAGGAGGCCAGAUCGAACAAGUCUAAGAAACUUGGGGCCGAGACCAAAAGCGAUAGCACCAAGGAAACCGCCGCCGCCACCCGAGAAACAGAGCCAGCUCAGGAUGUAUCGGAUGAGGAAUGGGAAGACGAUGCUUGCAACCAUGACGUGACAGUGGAUCUUAAUGAGCCUCACUCCAGGUCUGGCAAGUAUUGGAAAUCCGAGUUCAAUAAAUAUAGCGACGAUGCCAGGGCAGAAAUGGAGAGGCUUGUCAAAUACAAGCACUUAGCUAAGAUCUAUGCUCAGAAAAAGGAUGCUGAAGCUAUAGAGUUGAAUCAACGGCUCAAAGAGGAGCAGGAGAAAGUGAAGCAAAUGGAGGAGCAGUUAAGGGAGUCAGGCUUGCAGACGACCAGCAAACGAAGAAAGGCUUCCGACACUGAUGACACCACGUUGAUGGAGAAACUUGCAGAGAAGACUGCUUUGGCCAUCCGAUACAGGGACAGGAUCAAGGAGUUAGAGUCAUCGAUAAGGGAUCAGGACGACGGCAAGUUGCAGCAUCCCCGCAUGGAUGCAUCGCCGCGUACUGAGAAGACGUUGCUGGAGACCAAUCGAGAACUGCGUCGGGCAAGAAAUGAGCUCAAAGAGAUGAAAAGAAUGCGCGAAGAUAACGAACGCCUCAAGUCCGACUUGAUCCUUGCAGAACAAAGAGCCACGAAAAUCGGAGACGAGAACAAGCGAAUCGUGGCAGACUCUUCGCGACCCCCGUCAGUCAAGAAGCUUGAGAAGCAACUGCGCGACGCAAAGGAAGAGGCAGAGCGCAAAGAUGACGAGCUCAAGAAACUCCAAAGGGAGUUCGACACUCUUAAGGAGAACGCGAAGUCAUCACGGAGUCAAGCGCUGCAAGUUCUAAAGGAGAAGAACGAUAGAAUUGCCGAACUCGAGCAGGAAGUCAAACUACUCAAGCAGAGCAAUGCCUCUUCGAGUCGCCCGAAGAGCCUGGAUGCUGCCUUGGCCCGGCACAACAAGAUCACACAGGAUCUCAAGGCAGAUAUGGCGUCUAUAAAUAAGCCUUCGAUCCAUGAAAAGGCUAAACUCACACGCCCACAGCGCUCGAUGUCUGCUGAAGACCUCACGCUCGACUUUACCUUGCAAUCUCUUGCUGAUAGUCCGAGUCAAAGAUUAGGUACCCAGCGCUUCCCCUCAGAUUUGACGGAUAGCUUGCGGGAUAUCGAGGAGCAACUUAGAAAGGAGAGACGAGAUCGCAUGGAGAGCAGGAGGCGUGAUCAUGAUUUGGCUACAGGUGAACUGGACGUGCCGCCUUUGGGUACGGUGGCAAAUAUCAGCACAAACAAGAUAUUGAAACCCGUGGCUGGUUCCCGCAGAGUUAUGUCUGACAAAGUCAACGAGGCUGCACCAGACAAAUACCAGGCCAGCGGAAAGCCCUCUAUUUCUCGUCAAAUUAUCAGUACUGGCGAAAGGGCGAUCAUGCGAGAUGCCUUGGACAAUCUCACGAACUCUCGUUAUACGGCGAACUCUCGCACAGCUCGCGCACACUCGCCCAAUUUCGAGCUGCCCGGCUUCGAUCUUCUCCAAAACCGCUUCGCCAAACUCGGUGGGCCUAAUCGCGACGAUACCAUUCUUACUGCGAAUGCGUCUCGAUGUACACUUCCCGCGGACCGUCAAGCUGCAGCGAGAGCAAGAUUGGAACAGAAGCGGCGAAGUAGGCAGAGAUUAGGCGGCAAAGAAAACAUGCGGCCUUGACGUACGGUAUGACUGGAGCGCGAUAAAGGUGACGGAAUAGCCCCUUGGGUAGAUUGUAUGACUUGAAUCCGGAUAUCCAUGAAUUUGGACUAGUAUGUCAUGAAUGCGGUGGUGGAGUUUGGUAGGCAAUUAUGAAAUUAAGCGGUGUAUCGCCGCCAAGCAUCUCCAUUAUCUCGUCU